AGAUUACCUCCAGACACGCCAUGUCCAUCUCCCCAUUCGGACGGCCGAGGGUCUGCAGAUAAGAAACCUUGUUCAAGGGUCCUUGGGUACAACCCGUCAGUCUCGCUGCAACAAUGCGGUCUCUAGCGCAAACCCGGCUUCUUGACCUCCAUUUCCGUCUACUGGCACCGUGUGCCGUGCAAGCGCACGUCUCGUGUUCGACAUACGACAACGUUCUGCGCGACAUUUCGUGGGUGGACGCACAGAAGCCUGUGGAACUCGUGUCCAAGGCUAGGUCCGUAUAACAUCCCUUAUCACGGUGACAGGCACAUCGCUGGCUGGAGAGGAUGUGGUCCAUCUGGACGAUUCUAGCUUUCGUGCUUCAGCUCCAGGUCUGUGCUGCUUAUCAUAUCCCUCUUUCGCAACGGAGCAGCCAUCUCAAUGUGGAUGGAACCGCGAAGCUGCAAACUCUCCGCAAUCAUAUAGCAUACACGGAGCAAAAGCUCACCAGGGGAUUUGAGGUUUCUAGGAGGCAUGGUAGAGCGAAGCGUGCUCGUCAUCAAACACAACUUGGGUCCAAGAAACGAGAUGUUCCUCUCAUCGAUGGAGACAAUCUACGCUGGUACGGUAACAUAGAAGUUGGAACACCUUCGCAGACUUUUUCAGUGGACAUGGACACCGGAAGCACAGACCUUUUCCUGGCAGGCCCAGAAUGUCGCUCGUCCUGCGCCGGACACAAUCUCUACAUCGCAAAUAAGAGUUCGACUUCCGUAUAUGUCGAUGAGAGCUUCAACCUCACGUACGCAGAUGGUUCGUACGUUACUGGAGAUCAGUACCGCGACACUGUUUCGCUUGCUGGAUACGCAGCCCAGGACCAGACCUUCGGCGCUGCAAAUGAGUUCUCGGAUGCGUUCUCUUCGUCAAAUUUCCCGCCAGACGGCCUUAUAGGAUUCGCAUUCAAAGCGAUUUCCAACUAUGGGACCAAUUCCGCCUUCCAGACACUUGUCGAUGAGGGCGCCUUAUCCGAGCCAAUUUUCGCGUUCAAGUUGGCCUCGUCGGGAUCGGAGCUGUCCGUUGGGGGUGUUAACAACGAGCUCUACACGGGAUCGUUAACUUACACACCUGUCACACAAAAGGGAUACUGGCAAAUUAGCGUCGACGGGUUAUCUGUCGGUGGCCAGCAAGUCUUCGCGGACUUCGGUGCUAUCGUUGACACUGGAACGACCAUGAUCCUCGCGGAGAGCAUGUACGUUCAGCAGUUGUAUGAAGCGAUAGGUGGGACUAGCGUUGGAAACGGUCUGUAUACAGUCCCAUGUGAUAGUAUCCCAGAGGUCGGUGUCACGAUAGGGAACACGACGUUUAUGAUGUCGCAGGAUACAUUCAGCAUGGGAGCAUACAACUCUUCUGGCGUCGACUGUGUCGGCGGGAUAGGCGAGAGCGACAGCCUUGGAGAUCUUUGGGUUCUUGGGGACGUGUUCCUCCGAAACACUUACACUGUCUUUGACGUUGGUGGCCUGCGAGUCGGGUUUGCCGAGUUAGCCUGAAUUCCACGGAGUGGGGUGCCUUGAGCUAACAAAGGGUGUCUCAAGUGGAUAAUACACAUCUCGUUUAUGUUAUUUUUUGGAUAGAUUGGUUUGGCUCCCGUCAGUUUUAUUGCCUGAUGCCAUAGUGAAUGCCAAGCACGAAAGGUUGCUAAUUUGGUGUCAGGCUGACUCGAGAUGAUUCGCGUGUGUAUUAUUACUUAUUCUAUUACUAUAAGGUACCUUUAC